AUAUCUGUGAUUGGUGCUGGCUCGCUUCGUGCAUGUUCGCAUUUUCACGUGCUGGCUUGCACGUGAACAUCCAUUUAAAUAUCAAUAUGGUGAAGUAAAUCCGUCUUAACCUCUAAAAAAAUUUUUCUAGAUUUGAACAACACAUUCAGACUUGGAAUUAGCAUAAAAAUGGGCGGAAAAUAUUCGUCUUUGGAUCCUAUGGAAAUUGAAGUCCCGGAAGUACAAACUUUGUUGUCCAGAGAUCCUUAUCUAAAGCCGUACGAACGCGAAAUUAGGAGACGGUAUGGCUGCUUUAAAGAUUUGAUUGAACUUAUUGAUGAAAAUGGAGGCGGCUUGGAUGAGUUUACACAAGGGUACAAAUAUUAUGGACUUCAUGUACAGCCCGAUAAUAGUAUUGUAUGCAGAGAAUGGGCUCCUGGUGCGGUAUGCUUAUUCCUUACAGGAGAUUUCAAUGAUUGGAACAGGGGUAGCCACCCUUACAAAAAAAUGGAUUAUGGUAAAUGGGAACUAGUUAUUCCUGCCAAACCAGAUGGAUCUUGUGCCAUACAACAUUUGUCAGAACUGAAGGUUGUCGUGGAAACACAAUCAGGUUCCAAAGAGGACCGUCUGUCUCCUUACGCCACCUACGUAGUGGAACCACCAAAGACUGAAGGUACAAUUUAUAGACACAAAUUCUGGAACCCUCCAAAGUCAGAGAAAUACAUCUUCCAACACACCCGGCCGACUAAGCCUAAGAGUCUUCGUAUCUAUGAGUGCCAUGUGGGAAUCGCCACUUCAGAACUGAAAGUGGGUUCUUAUGAUAACUUUACAGAUAAUGUGCUUCCAAGAAUUGUGAAACAAGGUUAUAACGCCAUUCAGCUAAUGGCGAUUAUGGAACACGCCUACUACGCAAGUUUCGGUUACCAAGUAACCAGUUUCUACGCAGCUUCUAGUCGUUAUGGUACCCCUGAAGAACUGAAACGCUUAGUGGACAAAGCACACGAAUUGGGGUUAACCGUUUUGCUAGAUUUAGUGCAUUCACAUGCUAGUAAGAAUGUCAUGGAUGGGUUAAAUCAGUUUGAUGGUACAGAUGCUUGUUUCUUCCAUGCGGGGAGUCGUGGGGAACACUCUUUGUGGGAUUCGCGGUUAUUUAACUAUCAAGAGUUUGAAGUUAUGAGGUUCUUACUCUCGAAUAUUCGCUGGUAUAUGGAGGAGUACCAGUUUGACGGGUUUAGGUUUGAUGGAGUGACCUCCAUGUUGUACCAUUCGCGUGGUAUAGGUCAAGGUUUCAGCGGCAACUACGACGACUACUUUGGACUGAAUGUUGAUACUGAAGGCCUGGUGUAUCUAAUGUUGGCAAACUACGUUGCUCAUACUUUCAACCCUGACGCUAUUACUAUAGCUGAAGAUGUAUCAGGUAUGCCGGGAACUUGCCGUCCUAUUAGUGAAGGGUGCAUGGGUUUUGAUUAUCGUCUUGCUAUGGCUAUUCCUGAUAAAUGGAUCAAACUUUUGAAACAUUAUUCCGACGAUGACUGGAACGUCGGUAAUGUGGUGCACACGCUUACCAACCGACGAUGGAUGGAACCAAAUGUCGCCUAUGCCGAAUCGCACGACCAAGCCCUUGUCGGCGACAAAACUAUAGCGUUUUGGCUAAUGGACAAGGAAAUGUACACCCACAUGAGUGUCAUGUCUGAUCCAUCGCCGAUUAUCGACCGCGGGAUUGCUCUACAUAAAAUGAUUCGAUUCAUUACACAUGGUUUAGGGGGUGAAGCCUACUUAAACUUCAUAGGUAAUGAGUUCGGUCACCCAGAGUGGUUGGACUUCCCGCGCGCCGGUAACAACAGUUCCUACCAUUACGCCCGCCGACAAUGGAAUCUGGUUGAUGAUGAAUUGCUCAAGUACAAAUUUUUAAACGCAUGGGAUGCCGCAGUGAACCAUGCUGAAGCCAAAUAUGGCUGGUUGAGUGCGCCACCUGCGUACGUCAGCUGGAAACACGAAGACGAUAAAGUCAUAGCGUUCGAAAGAGCCGGGUUGUUGUUCAUGUUCAAUUUCCAUCCUACAAAGAGUUUCGCGGAUUAUAAAAUAGGUUUUGAAGGAGAAGGCGAAUACUUCGUUGCGCUAUGCUCAGACAACAAGGAGUUUGGAGGUCAUGGCAGAAUUGAUACGUCCAUUCAUAAUUUUACAAAACCAGAAAGUUACUGCGGAAGGAGGAACUCAAUACAAGUUUAUAUACCCUCAAGAACUGCGAUCAUGUUGGCAAAAGUCUAGUUGUUUUGUUACAGGAUUUCUACUUUUUUGCAAAUAAAAUGUUAUUUUUUUAGAGAAAUAUAGUAUUAAAUGUUUCUAUUGUGA